AUGCCGAUAUUGUCUUUGAACGCUGUCAGCGCAAGCUUGGGUAUUGUGCCCCCUCCAAGCAAUGCUACUGCAUCUGGCUGUCCGCCGAUACACUCGGGAAAGUUAUGGCCUGGCUUGUACUCGCUGAUCUGGACUAUCCAAAACCGGCAUCCUGAGCUCGCAAAUCUGUACUUGUGGCGUAUUGGCCGUAAUGCUUCUCAAGAAUCACGGGCGAAUAUAGCUGCAUCUUCCAAAGAUCCCUUAGUCCCGUCAGUUGCUGGCCAUGUUGAGGAAGCCGUCCAGAAUCCGGGCUACAUCAGAGUACCUGGGGUAGAUAGCCAAGCAGAUGUCGAUGCACAUCUCUCGUCCACCGCCGGAUAUUCAUUCGUCAUGCCUCUUUCAAAAUGCGCCUUUUGCGACAAGCCCGUCAAAGACAAUCUGUGUAGCCGCCCUGACUUCGUCUGGGUCCCAAUAAGCAUCCUCGACGAGAAUAGAGAUAAGAUGUCAACCUCGGUCAAAAUUGAAGAAGGACACUUGACCAGCCCUACACCACACAACUUCCAAAGUCGCGAAAGCCAUUUCCAGGUCUUCAGAAACGAUUAUCCCAUCUCCAAACUUCCAGGCCCCAAUAAGCUCAUCCGAGCCUUGAUUAGAGGAUAUCAUCAUUACCUAUGCAAUGAGGUAACUCAAGACGUAAUCCGCACCAGCGGCCCUCUUGUCAUUUUGAAGCUCGAUCCCCGCCAUCCAUGCAGAGAUGGCGUCGUUGAGAAUCCAGGCAGCGAUGGUCUCGUUAAAGACUUGAAACAGACAGGAUACAUGGAUAUCACCUUGGCAGACGUCCGUUUGGUGCUGGAGUACUACGCAUCCAAGUCGAAGACUUUCGAGUCUGACUUUCCUAACCGAUUUAUCAUUCGCGACCCGAGUAAGGGAUGGGUAGAAGGGGUCAAGAUCAGCUGCGAAGGCGACAUGACAAGUCUGGCUUGCCAGAAGUAUCGAGACGUCUGGGCCCGACCCAGCACGCCAGAGGAAGACGACCUGGCGCUCAUCAACGCGAAGAUGGGUAAUCCACGACCGGAACUACCGAAAGUCUGCUCCAUCUCUCAGCACAUGGGUUUUACCCUCGUCGUCCAAGAUACCGAGAUGGAAUUAUCGGUAAAGCCGGGUCCGAUUGCAUUCGCAAACGUCGAGGUCCAGGCGAUGAUGACCAACGCUGAUCCAGCAUCGGAUGGGGCGUCGUGGGGAAGCAACGACACUGAGAUGCUGCAACUUGGUUUGGCUCCCACGGUACUCGUCAUGAGACAAGACGGAAAAGCCAUCAGUGCAAAGCAAGUUGAGAUUUUCGUUUCUUACUGCAAGGACGUUCUUCGCCCCAAGAUGCGAAAACAUCCCAAGGAAAAAGACAACAACAACAAGGAUACGAGUGCUACGUAUACUGCUGCAGAUCAGAGCGUUAUUGCUACCGGCGAGGAAAGCUGGCGUAAAAAGUUCAUCAAGGACUACAUGAAGUCAUCGAAAUUCGAAGCGUUCAUCAAGGUUUUCAAGGCAGAGAAGCUGGCUGCAGGCGAUACUACAUGGGUGGAUGUCGUCUCCCCUCGAGCCGUCUGA